GUGAUCAAAAAAGUGAUCUUUAUUGUAAUAUCAUACCGAGUCUGUGCACAAACAGAAAACAAUGUCUUUCUAGGGAGAAGAUGAUACUAGGAGCAACACUCAUCCUUUUUCUUGGGAUUAUAUCAGAAUCAGACGAACAGGAGAGGAAGCUCGCUUCCUUUCAGUUGACUGAUGGGGAUGUAUUUACUGCUGCAUCAGUAGCCACCUCUGGCGUAAUCUCAUCAAUAGAUGGCGCUAGUGUGAUUGGAUGCUGCCUCAAAUGUGCUGAGAUCGGCAUUUGUACUGGGAUUUUCUAUGAUAUCACGGCAAAAGUCUGCAAACCUUAUUCAUUUCAGAAUUAUACGUCAAUGACUAUAAAUGGCAUUGAAAACUUCGUCAAGAUUGUGCCAGAUUGUGAAAAUCAGGGUCAUGUUUUCAACAGCCAGCAUAAUCUAUGUUUUGAACUGUUUGGCAACGAGUUACCAUGGAAUCAGUCUCGGGACGCUUGCGUGGGAGUCGGAGGACAAUUGGUCUCUCUGGAUACAGUAGCCAAAAUUAACUUCAUGACAAACUACAUUGGCACUAAAUACCCUGACAUCACUUUCUGGCAUGUUGGAGCAUCAGACGAAGAAAUCGAGGGAGACUGGAUGUGGCCAAACGGAUCUCCAGCUGUAGGCAUCAGAACAUCAGAUAAUGAGACGGAACGGGAAGUGAGGGAUUGUAGCGCCCUCAACCGAAACAAAAGGGAUAUCCAGGAAGUGAAAUGUCAUACUUCAAGAAGACGCAUUUGUGAAUGGUCUAACUUGAUUCAUUAACAUUUUAAACCAAAAAAGUACAUAGAAGACGACUUUAAUAUAUUUACGAAUGCAGUUAUAACAAUAGGUUAUAUGUGGCGAGUAUGCUGUAAUAACGAUUGUUGCUCUCCUAGUUUAAGAAAACCAUCGAAACACUCUAA